AUGUCACCUUCUGUCGUUGAUGACGCCCCUAAAGCCGGAGGGGCAGCCACCUCGUUGAAGCCCAACAUCGGCGUCUUCACAAACCCAAAGCACGACCUUUGGAUAAAUGAAGCUGAACCCAGCGUCGAUGCCGUCAAAUCUGGAGCCGACCUGAAGCCCGGUGAGGUUACCAUUGCCAUCCGCAGCACCGGCAUAUGCGGUUCUGACGUUCACUUCUGGCACGCUGGCUGCAUUGGGCCCAUGAUUGUAGAGGACGAUCACAUCCUCGGCCACGAAUCGGCUGGUGAAAUCAUCGCCGUCCACCCCAGUGUCACGAGCCUCAAAAUUGGCGAUCGCGUUGCUGUUGAGCCCAAUGUCAUCUGCAACGCUUGCGAGCCUUGCUUAACGGGUCGCUACAACGGCUGCGAAAAGGUCGAGUUCCUAUCUACGCCGCCGGUGCCGGGACUGCUCCGACGCUAUGUCAACCACCCGGCCGUUUGGUGCCACAAGAUUGGCAACAUGUCUUAUGAGAACGGCGCGCUGUUGGAGCCCCUGAGUGUGGCUUUGGCCGGCAUGCAGAGGGCCAAGGUCCAACUUGGUGAUCCCGUCCUGGUCUGUGGAGCUGGGCCUAUCGGACUGGUAUCCAUGCUUUGCUGCGCUGCGGCCGGUGCUUGCCCGCUCGUCAUCACAGACAUCUCCGAGAGCCGCUUGGCUUUUGCAAAGGAAGUCUGCCCUCGCGUAAUCACACACAAGAUUGAGAUGGGAAAGUCAGCCGAAGAGACUGCCCAGGGCAUUGUCGGAGCCUUUGGCGGCAUUGAGCCCGCCGUCACCAUGGAAUGCACCGGUGUCGAGAGCAGCAUUGCGGCCGCCAUCUAUGCCAGCAAGUUCGGAGGCAAGGUCUUCAUCAUUGGUGUUGGCAAGAAUGAAAUCAACAUUCCCUUUAUGCGGGCGAGUGUACGAGAAGUCGAUAUCCAGCUGCAGUAUCGAUACAGCAAUACCUGGCCGCGAGCCAUCCGCCUGAUCGAGAGUGGCGUCCUGGAUUUGUCCAAGUUUGUCACACAUCGCUUCACAUUGGAAGACGCUAUCAAGGCGUUUGAGACUUCGGCGAAUCCCAAGAGCGGCGCGAUCAAGGUUAUGAUCCAGAGCCUGGAUUGA